AUGGGCACGACUUCCCCGAAUAGCGAGAAACGCCAAAUCACCGACAUAAAUGAGCGACGAAAGCUUCAGAAUCGUGUAGCUCAAAGAAAAUACCGAACAAGGCAGAAAACACGUAUGAAACUCGCUGAGGCUGUAUUAAAUGAUUACACCUACAUCCAUCCAACCCUUGGAACAAUCCAGUCGAAGAAAAAAUCUCCUUUGACUAUGGAAUGCGACCGAUCAAGUGCUUCGUAUCCGGAUCUUUCAUCUUACGCCGAGAUAUGCUCUGAAACACGAUCCGAAACACAGGCAACCCGCGCAAGACAACUUACCAGCCAGCGGACUUGCUUCAGAGAGUCAGUGGACAACAAUCAGGCUGAUAGUCAUGCUCAGUUGAGCAGGUGUCUGAACAGGCAAGAGAUGUUUUAUGGAAUUAGUGGGGAGACGGAAUUUUCCGAAGGUGAUACUCGGGACAGAGUAGAAUGCAUAGACCCCAAUCUCACACGUGGCUGGCUGGACAUGGACUUGCGUUCUGGUACACCGAACUCGUCCACAGUCGUCGAUUGCGGACUCUGUACAGUGGGUGCUAAUAGUCAGCCGCCUACAAGGACCAAUGUCCAGGAAGCGAUUGAGACUCUGGAAUUGUUCGAACCGAACGAUCAACGCAAGACAGAGAAUCUUCCCAGGGAGCCAUGCGGGUCUUGUCCCAGUUCGUCACAUGGCUACUCGCCUACCUCGGGAAAUCCAUCCACACUAUUGUUGACACCAUCGGAGAGUUUGAUGAAUUCAGUUAUAGUAACCUCAGACUCCCCGUUACUUGCCGCUGAUGAUAAGUCACCAGGAGAUUUAGUAAUAUCCGAGGCGAAUACACAUGGCCCAAAGGAAGACCAGUUUAGCCCCCUGAUGACAGCUAUCUCUCUGGGAAGACUUGACAUUGCCCGUAUACUGUUACAGUCAGGCGCACCACUGGAUAUCCCGGAUGAUAGCGGCAAAACAGCACUUCAUAGAGCUGUGGGGCGUAGGGAACUUCAUAUGGUGGAGGCAUUGCUUAACCUCGGUGCUGAGAUGCUAGCGACGGAUCAUGAAGGCAACAGUCUGCUACAUAUAGCAGUGAAGACGAAUAGUUUAAGCAUUACAAGAUUACUCUUAGAACGUUACAAGUCCUGUAGAGAACUAAAAGACGCUCAGCUAGGGCAUGGUUGUAGACAGCACGGCAACCAGGUACAUAGUGAGUCGUGGAUUGACCUUCGCAAUCGAGAGGGUAUGACGGCAGUACACCUCUCCGUUAUAUUUAACCGCCCUGAAAUACUCCAGCUACUAGUUAAAUAUAGCGCGAAUGUUAACUAG